AUGCUCCCAACCGCUCGUUUAUUCCAAGCUGCACGCGUCACGCUCUUCACUCGUGCUGGCUGUGGGCUCUGCGAUACCGCCAAAUACAAUGUGACCCAAGUCCGUAAGCGACGGCCUUUCAACUACGCGGAGGUGGAUAUCAUGGUCCCCAAUAAUAAGGAAUGGAAGGAUGUUUACGAGUUUGAUGUUCCCGUUCUGCAUGUACAGUUCGCCAAGAAUGCAGCUGGCGAGCUGUCCGAUCCAAAAAAACUGUUCCAUCGGUUUACGGAGCAGGAGGUUGAAUCACUCGUUGGUGAUGCAGAAAAGGCACAGUCUUAG